GCGUCCCCAGAGGGAGCCCCUGCGCUCCGCGGCCGGGCGGAGAGCGCAGCCGGGCGCGCCCCGUCCCGCAGCCGGCUCCAGCCGCUCCGCAAGCCCCUGCGCACCCGUCGCUGCCUGCAGCAGGAGGAGGAGGAAGAGGAAGGCAGCAGCCGCCCGCCCGCAGCGGGGGUACCCACGUGUACGCGCAGCCCUCGACGGCCGCCCUCCAGCAUGCUGCGCGGGGCCGCGCCGGGCGGAGCGCCGAGGAGCUGAGCGCAGCGCGGCAGCGGAGUGGAACAGAGCGGCUCCGCGGAACCUCCGUGCGCCCGUCCCGUCCGACCCCCCCGCCGGCGGAGCCGCAGCAUGGGCGGCCGCAGCCCCCUCGCUGCCGCCGGGCCCCGCGGGGCCGCUGUCCUGGUGCUGCUGCUGGGGCGCGUCGCCCUCUGCGCCGCAGUGGAGGAGAAGAAAGUUUGUCAAGGGACAAAUAACAAGCUGACCCAACUGGGACAUGUGGAAGACCAUUUCACCAGCCUGCAGAGGAUGUACAACAACUGCGAGGUGGUACUCAGCAACCUGGAGAUUACAUACGUGGAGCACAAUCGUGACCUCUCUUUCCUGAAGACGAUACAGGAGGUUGCAGGCUAUGUGCUCAUCGCGCUUAACAUGGUGGAUGUCAUUCCCUUAGAAAACCUCCAGAUCAUCCGAGGCAAUGUGCUGUAUGACAACUCUUACGCCCUGGCAGUUUUAUCCAAUUACCACAUGAAUAAAACCCAGGGACUCCGAGAACUGCCGAUGAAACGGCUGUCAGAAAUUCUCAAUGGAGGUGUUAAAAUCAGCAACAACCCCAAACUGUGCAACAUGGACACCGUUCUCUGGAAUGACAUCAUUGACACGAGCAAGAAGCCUCUCACGGUGCUUGAAUUUGCAAGCAACCUGUCUUCUUGUCCCAAAUGCCAUCCGAACUGCACAGAAGACCACUGCUGGGGCCCAGGCGAACAGAACUGCCAGACACUAACAAAAGUCAUCUGUGCGCAGCAGUGCUCUGGCCGGUGCAGGGGAAAGGUGCCCAGUGACUGCUGCCACAACCAGUGUGCCGCGGGGUGCACGGGGCCUCGGGAGAGCGACUGCCUGGCAUGCCGCAAGUUUCGGGACGAUGCUACAUGCAAGGAUACAUGUCCCCCAUUGGUCCUGUAUAAUCCCACCACUUAUCAGAUGGAUGUCAACCCUGAUGGAAAAUACAGCUUCGGAGCCACUUGUGUGAGGGAAUGUCCACACAACUACGUGGUGACUGACCACGGCUCAUGUGUUCGCUCGUGCAAUACCGAUACCUAUGAAGUGGAAGAAAACGGUGUUCGGAAGUGUAAAAAGUGUGAUGGGCUAUGCAGCAAAGUGUGCAAUGGCAUUGGAAUAGGUGAACUCAAAGGGAUCCUCUCCAUAAAUGCCACAAACAUAGACUCCUUCAAAAACUGUACCAAGAUCAAUGGGGACGUCAGCAUUCUCCCAGUUGCAUUUCUAGGGGACGCCUUCACAAAGACCCUGCCGUUGGACCCCAAGAAGUUGGAUGUCUUCAAAACAGUUAAAGAAAUAUCAGGAUUUUUGUUGAUUCAAGCCUGGCCCGAUAAUGCUACUGAUCUCUAUGCUUUUGAAAAUCUGGAGAUUAUACGAGGCAGAACCAAGCAACAUGGCCAGUAUUCCCUUGCUGUUGUUAACUUGAAAAUACAGUCCUUAGGGCUGCGCUCACUCAAGGAAAUAAGCGAUGGAGAUGUCGCCAUUAUGAAGAACAAGAACCUCUGCUACGCUGACACCAUGGACUGGCGCAGCCUGUUUGCAACUCCGAGCCAGAAAACAAAGAUUAUACAGAACAGAAAUAAAAAUGAGUGUGCUGCUGCCAGGCACGUUUGUGACCCCCUGUGCUCAGACGUGGGCUGCUGGGGCCCAGGACCCUUCCACUGCUUCUCCUGCAGGUUUUUCGAUCGCCAGAAGGAGUGUGUGAAACAGUGCAACAUCCUGCAAGGGGAGCCGAGGGAGUUUGAGAGGGAGUCCAAGUGCCUGCCCUGCCACCCCGAGUGCCUGGUGCAGAACUCCACCGCAUACAACGCAACCUGCACUGGGCCUGGCCCUGACAAUUGCAUGAAAUGUGCCCAUUUUAUAGACGGCCCCCACUGCGUGAAAUCCUGCCCAGCAGGGGUUCUGGGUGAGAAUGACACCCUUGUCUGGAAAUAUGCGGAUGGGAAUGCGGUUUGCCAGCUCUGCCAUCCCAACUGCACCCGGGGGUGCAAAGGGCCAGGUCUUGAAGGCUGUCCAAAUGGCUCCAAAAUCCCAUCUAUUGCAGCUGGCGUUGUCGGAGGUCUCCUGUGCCUGGUGGUGGUCGGCUUGGGCAUUGGCCUUUACUUGCGGAGACGUCACAUCGUCAGAAAGCGGACCCUGCGCCGGCUGCUGCAGGAGAGGGAGCUGGUUGAACCACUGACACCCAGUGGGGAAGCACCCAACCAGGCUCAUCUGAGAAUUUUGAAGGAAACAGAAUUUAAAAAGGUCAAAGUUCUAGGCUCUGGAGCUUUUGGCACUGUUUAUAAGGGACUUUGGAUCCCAGAAGGGGAGAAGGUUAAAAUUCCUGUCGCUAUUAAAGAAUUGAGAGAGGCUACAUCACCAAAAGCCAACAAGGAAAUACUUGAUGAAGCUUACGUGAUGGCUAGCGUUGACAAUCCUCAUGUGUGCCGCUUGUUGGGAAUCUGCCUCACUUCCACUGUUCAGCUCAUCACACAGCUGAUGCCGUACGGCUGCCUCCUUGAUUACAUCCGAGAGCACAAGGACAACAUCGGCUCCCAGUACCUUCUCAACUGGUGUGUGCAGAUUGCAAAGGGCAUGAACUAUUUGGAGGAGCGUCGGCUGGUACACCGUGACCUUGCUGCCAGGAACGUCCUCGUUAAGACUCCUCAGCAUGUGAAGAUCACGGACUUUGGGCUGGCAAAGCUGCUGGGUGCUGACGAGAAGGAGUAUCACGCUGAGGGAGGCAAGGUUCCUAUUAAGUGGAUGGCAUUGGAGUCAAUUUUACACCGGAUUUACACCCAUCAGAGUGAUGUCUGGAGUUAUGGUGUGACAGUUUGGGAGCUGAUGACAUUUGGGUCCAAGCCGUACGAUGGGAUCCCUGCCAGCGAGAUCUCCUCUGUCUUGGAGAAGGGCGAGCGUUUGCCCCAGCCCCCAAUCUGCACCAUCGACGUCUACAUGAUCAUGGUCAAAUGCUGGAUGAUUGAUGCAGACAGCCGUCCCAAGUUUCGUGAACUGAUAGCAGAGUUCUCCAAAAUGGCCCGGGACCCCCCACGCUACCUCGUUAUACAGGGAGAUGACAGGAUGCACCUGCCCAGCCCUACGGACUCCAAAUUUUAUCGCACCCUGAUGGAGGAGGAGGACAUGGAAGAUAUAGUGGAUGCGGAUGAGUAUCUCGUGCCACACCAGGGCUUCUUCAACAGCCCUUCAACAUCCCGCACUCCUCUCUUGAGUUCAUUGAGUGCUACUAGCAACAACUCUGCUACAACCUGCAUUGACAGGAAUGGGCAGGGGCACCCUGUGAGGGAAGACAGCUUCGUCCAGAGGUAUAGCUCAGACCCAACGGGCGCUUUCCUGGAGGACAGCCUAGAUGACAGCUUCCUGCCAGCCCCGGAGUACGUAAACCAGUUGGCACCCAAGAAAGCAUCUGCCUCGGCAGUCCAGAAUCCAAUCUACAACAACUUCGCUCUCACAGCAAACUCAAAGGUCCCCACGGACUCCAGCUACCAGAAUUCACACAGCACAGCUGUGGACAACCCGGAGUAUCUCAACACCAACCAGUCUCCACUGGCCAAGACGGUCUUCGAGAGCUCUCCUUACUGGAUCCAGGCAGGCAACCACCAAAUAAAUCUGGACAAUCCUGACUACCAGCAGGACUUCUUACCAAAGGAAACCAAACCCAAUGGUCUCUUGAAAGUUCCCGCAGCAGAAAACCCAGAGUACUUAAGGGUAGCAGCACCAAAAAGUGAAUACAUUGAAGCCUCGGCAUGACCAUAGAGAAUUUCUUCUUGCAGCAAGGCAAGCCAGACUCUGGGUGAACUACCUGGCUGCUGCAAGAAUGGACCCUUGCCCAGAAUGAACGGCAACCACAAUGCAUCAAUAAGCACACGUUUCCUUUUCAGCAGGGAGGCUGAAACUGUGAAGCCUAUCUGAUGGUAGUUUGCAUCUUUUCUCGCCCAUUUCCACAUAAUAACUGAGGCCCAUAGCCUGCACUGGGAUGCAUGUUGGGAUGGAGCGGGAUCUGGCUGGACAGAAGAAAUACGGAUGCAUUCCUUUCGUUUUCAAAUGGUAGCAUGGUAAGAAGCCACUCUGGGAUGAACUUGUGAGCUGUACACAUUGUACAGUCAAAUUCCUUUCUACAUUCUGUAUUUUUAUAAAUGUUUCUAACAGAAUUUUUGGAUCUUUUAAGAGAUCAGAUGCUUGUACUGCUGGUCUGCUAUGUGGUGCUCAAGAUCACCAGCAGGAAAAAAAAAUAAAAAUGUUACUAAAUAGUUUUCCAGAACUCCGGGAAUUGAAACGGUUACUCCAAACCACCGGAUUUUUACGAUUUGGCUCUACAUACUGCCUCUUGGUGUGAAGAGCAGUGCAUCUGGGGGAUGGAUGGGAGAUUCUGCCCAGGGCGGUAUGGAGUGGAUCGCUCCGGGGAAAACUAACACAAGGAAUGGCACAAUGCAUCACCUACUGACCACUACUGCUAAAAACUGACAGGAGGAACACACCUCAGCAUCAUCUGUACAUGGUUCUAAAGUGCUCAUUACUCUGUUUUCUGAUGGUCAAACACAAGACAUCUUUUUUUGCUGAUCCCUUAUGCAGCUGUCAAGUUGUCAAAAUGCCUUUCUUCUUCAGCAAAACUGUUAAAGAUGUUGCCAUAACUGAAAAAUGAAGUGUCAAAUAACAUUUAACAGACUUUAAUUAAAUGUCAAGGAAAUGCAAAUGGUGGCAAAUUGGAGCGUUCAUGAGACAGACUGGAAGAACUAUACUAAAUUAAAUUUGACUAGGGCAAGAAACACAGGUAGCUCUAGCCAAGCAGUUUUAUUUCCCUUCUGGAAGGGGCUCAGAGCAGAAACCGUUUUCCCAUAUAGAUGUGGCAAAGAAAAGGGGUUUAUCAGUUGUUGUGCUUUACUGGCUGCCAGUUGCUGUACCACACUAGGGCUGGCUGCCUGUCCCUUUGGGGUUACAGAUCCUGGCAAUGCAGGAGGGGCAGUAAGAGUGAACUGAGGAAAGGGAGAAUAAUCUGGAGCGAUGGAAAAGAUCAUCUCCCUCUUCUGAAACACAGGGCUGCCUACUGCUUCUUUAAAAUACCCGGCGUUGUCUUCUCCUAUCAGUGUGGAACAGGCAGGCGAGGAAGGCUGAGAUUUUUAGCCUGAUAGUAUAAAUCAAUCACAGCAGCAAAAGCAGCUACUCUUUACCAGGGACCCAUGAUCCAGAACUUCAGAUUAUUCCAUCAUUAAUAUUUCUUACAAAUGUAGAAGGGGUAAAGUGCCUAAAAUGUAAAUUUAGUCAGUGAUUUAGAUGCAGCCCAGCAGCAGCUUGGCAGGGCUGUUUUAAUCAAACCACCAGAUCAGAAGGCAAAUGCAUGUUUGGUGAUUUUGGUGCAAAGGCCUUUAGCUAGCUGAACGUGGACAACUUGCUUGAGGGAUGGCAUAAGCAGCUGAGUCGCAGAGGUUAGGUAGUCUAUAAUAAGUAGCAAGAAAUAGUCAGAUUUCUGCCACCACCAUGUUUUGCAUACAUCAGUAUGUGUUUCAGUUUAAGGAUUGCAUCUGGAGUCCAGCAGCAAGCAGCAAAUCCUCAGAACAUUGUUUUUACAGAUUUAUUGAGGCAAGACGGAGAAGAAUGGUCAUGUGAAAUGACCCCUUCUCUAAGUAACACAGUGUAAAAUGCAUUAGCAGCUUGUGUGUGUGCAGUAACUUACCAGCCACACUGCAGUCUAGGGUAAAGCAGUAUAUUGGGUCAAAAUCCAAAGAUUUGGGACAUACGUGUCACUGUGGCUGAGUACCAGGCACAACAGUAUGGAGGAUGCAAUGUUUGACUUUGAUUGUUACUAGCUUGUAUUUAAAACCCUAACCAAAAUCCAGUUCCCACGUCCAGUUAGUGGCAGGUUGCUCCUUGCGUUCCUGAGAGCAGAUGUGUUGUGCUGCUCUCACAAGCGUGCAACAUGUGAGCACAGGCAGUGCUGCUUUUCUCCACCCACUGCCCCAGGAGGAAUGUACAUAACCCCCCAAAAAAGAUCUUAAAUCGCAGAUAAUUUUCGAUCUGCUAAAUCUGUUAUGUCUGCAAGCCGAACACUAGACAAUCACAUAGUAAAUGUUCUCCUGCCGAAUCUUUCAGACACUAUUGCACAAAGGAGUUUAUUGAUGUUUUGUUUAAACCUGUUAACUAAACCAAGCCACUAAGAGAUAGCAAUAUGUAUCACCAGCAUUAUGUAGCAUGAAAAUUAUUUCAUAGAGGUUAAUAUGCUUGCCCUUUUAAAACAAUUUAGGAGGGAUUCAGUAGCAACUCACUGCAAGAAACAAGGAGACUCAUCUAAAAAUUAAGCCAUGUAAGUCUGAAAGAGCAUUGCUUUUUGAAUGUAUUGUUUUUGAUGAGAAGAGUAGGGAAGAGGAUAUAGGACCACAAAGUCCCGAUACAAACGUACUGAUUCCAGAUUGGUGGGAUCAGUUAUAUUGUAAAGUAGUUCCGGUAAGCAGGUAUCCUGUAAGCCAUAAUCUGUAAAUUGGCAGCUCAGUAACAAUUCAAAAAGCCAGCCAAAAAUAAAAACUGGGCAGCAGGUUGUAGUCUGUGGGCGAGUGCCUGCAGGGCCAGAUCCAGCACCACUGGGAGCGGAUGGGACCGCACUAUGCAAGAUGAUGCUCAGAGAGGAACAGACAUCAGCGAUGUACCAAAUGAUUUCCACUGAGAUGAAAAUAAUAAUAAUCAAUAAGCCGCUGAAAUGGUCUGGUUUUCCCACUGCAGCUCACUGACCUUUUAACAGCAAGGAGCUCCCUGCAGAUCCAGGUACUCACAAAGGCAAACACUGUCGGGCAGCAUAAUUCAGCCUCCAGAAAUAACUUGAAAGUUCUGCUGUUGUCCCUCAGGACGUGUGGGUAGAAAAUGCUGAUUUUUAAAAUGCAGCUCAAUAGGGAAAUAUAGCAGGCCACAGCCACUUUUAAAAGCCAACAGUCUUACCAACAGAAAAAAAUUCAUGUCCCUUUUUACUGUAUUUCUCAUGAAAGGCAAAAUAAAACCACUCACAAGUUAGUGCGUAGCGUCUCUUAACCAUAAAGCACCACUUAAUAUGGAACUGCUUUUGCAAUAGUAAUUUAAGACUUUUAAUAACUGCUAAAUAUAUGAAAAUGUAAGUUAAGUCAAGAGUCUUCAUCUUCCUUUGAUGUGUUCCAGUGAUCUGCGUACAGUGUCAGCACACUUGACUUCAUUUGGGCCUUGGGUUGUUUUCUUCUUGGCUUAGGAAGUUCCCUUUGUGUUGCAAUUGCUCUUGUCGGGGGCUUGCUUUUGUUUCCAGCUGGCGGGCAACUAGGCAGCGAGUUUUCUUAAGAGAGCAGUUAGAACUAGAUGGUGGUUUCUGGAACACCUCAGUGUGCUGACCUGUCCCACCAGCGUCGCUGUGGAUGGGCACGUGAAGCCCCAGCAUUACGGUCCCAUGCUUUAUUUGAAAGGAAGGGGCUUGUGUAGGGAGAGUAAUGCCGGAGAAGGGGUGCAGCCAGGCAAUCCAUACCAGAGACAGCUGCCAAAUUUCCCCAGGGAUAUCACUGAGGCCAUUGACCGUUCCUGCAGGUAUGGGUGGGGAUAGACACGUCACUCCCAUCCCCGCUACCAGCUUGAAGGGAAGCCCUCUUGCAGAGAUUGCUUGUGUGAAAAUUGAUGUACGCAGCACUCAUACUAUGCGGUGAAUCUCUUCCCUGGGAGAGGCAGUUAGGGCUACAACAAUGUCACACAGACCCAAACAGCUUAAAGACGUCCCAUCACCAGGUGCCUGGGGUGUCCUGGUCUGUCUGGACUGCUCCAGGGUACCAAGGAGACCCUUUGCAUUUCCAGACAAGCACCCAUUUUUCACAUUCAGAGUUCAACAUCUUCUGUUAGUACAGCCACCGCCUCUCCAGAUGCAGUUACGGUACUCUGGCUUUUGCAUCCCCCUGCAUUUCUCUGUGAGAAAACAGCUGAAUCAGGACAAAGUGUGAAAAUGUACCUGUGUCCUCCUCCGUGAUGGCAACCAUAUACUCCUGAAAUGUCCAGCUCUGUGUAUACACUUGGCAAGAAUUACACUUUGUAAUGUUUUAUCACCACUGGUUCAAAUUUUUAUAUCGGGAUCCCAUUUUCUAGCUUUCUUUUUGUAAGUGUUAUUUCUUUGUUCGGAGAUACAACUUUUAAGGAGCCUUUUUUAAAUAAUAUAAUAAAAAAAAAAAUAGAAAAAAAAUGUUUAUACAAAAGAAAAAUGCGACACCUUCAAGUAGCUUGUCAAAUGGGCUGCAUUAGGACCAAAGAUGUAACGACUUGUUUUCUUGCUUUAAAGGAAUUAGGGUAUUGGCCACCACUUCCACAGCCUCUCAUUCCAGGGAAAAGCUAAACCUCUCCACUCCAGAUUGUGGCUGGGCCAGACCUCCAUGGAGUCAAGAGGGCUGACAGGAGGGUGAGGCCUGUCUGUAGAAAACCAAACCAAAUAUCAAGACCAGGUAUCGCUUCAGGGCCAGACCUAGAACCUCUACUCAAUUUGGAUUCACUUUCUACUCAACGCAAUAGCUAAACAGGGACACAGUCAAGGAAAAAAAAAAAGAAAUAAAUACACGAUGUUUUAGGUCAGUAUCAGGAAAAAAUACAAUUAUGUGAAGAUGAGACAUGAUGAGAUAACUGCUUUUUAUGUGAGGAAGUGUGUAGGCAGGCAGUGAGACUUUAAAUCGAUAACACUGUCGGUUAUGUAUUACUUUAAUUAUGCGGGGGAGUUGGAAUCACAGCGCUUCCCGGGUAGGCUUUGCUGUCUGCCAUGCAUCCCGCUGCCGUGUGAGGCCGUGUGUCGUGGCAGCUCACCUGCAUUACCGUGGCCGCGUGGGCUGCGGGCUGCAGGUAGUCAGAGGUACUUCAUGCCACCCCUCCUUCUUAUAUGGGGAGAGAAGAGUGUGGCAACAGCAGGCUGUACCGCAGCUAGCGGUCAAGUGAAACCACAGUAGCACCCAAAAAGAAGGGUUUUCUUCAAAGGCAAAAUGCCUUCGGCCAAGAUUCAGGGCUGGUGCUCCACCAGCCUUGCUCUCACCCUCUUACGCGGUGCAGGUGGUGCUGUCUGGAGGCACAACACUGCGGCCACUGUGGUCUCUCUGUGCUUCUCACCUUGAAGUAAUGGAUUUCUCUGCUUAGUAAGGUGAAAACCAGAAAUCAACCCCCCAAUAACAACUGAACCAUGGAAGGUGGUGUUCCUAUGUAGCUGAUACGGUACAUCGUUUCCAGUCCCACUGGAAUUUAUCCAGACCCUUCUCUUUACCUCUCGCAAGCUAGCUGGAGAGUGUGCAUUAGCAACCACCAUCGAUGCUAUCCUCAUAUUUUGUGAAAGGGAAUAAGUAAAGUAGUUGUCUACAAUGGUAGGAGGCUUGGCUUACAUACCUAGGUUGCUUUUUUAAACCUACAUUGCUAACAUCAUUCACCUUGAAACUAAUGGGGUGUUUAACUUGAUUACACUGAGAGUAUAAAGCAAGGCUAAUGUUGAGUGAUUUUUGAAAAAUCCCUCGCAAUAAUCAGAGAUCCUAUGGAUCCAUUGCCCGUUUUAGGCUGCUUUGUAUUGAUGCAAUCAACUGAGUAUAAGGUAUAAUGUCCUGGUUUUAAUAAACUGUCAAGCAAUAUUCCCGUAGAUACAGGCGGUACCCUUGCAGCAUUGUAAAGUUACUCAACUAUGAAAGCACUAUUUGUACAAUAAGAAACUCUUGACUUUUAUACUGUUGAUCAAAGAUUGUUUGUAUAUUGAGCGAUAAAAAUGAGGUGUAUAUUAUUCUUUUUAAUUGUUUUUAAUUUUGGAGAACUUUUAUUGUAAUAUACUGUUGUAUUUGGGAGGAAGAAAAAUCAGUGGCUAGCUUGUAGGGUUUGUAGCCAGAGAAGAACUCACAUUAAGAGCUUUUUAUUGAUGUA